AUGGCACUGCUACCUCUGUGUAUCCUCUGCUACCUCUGUCUAUAAUAUCCUUCGUGAUAAAAAGUCUAUGGAUAGCAGUUUUGUAGGCGGCCGUAACAUGUGCUGCAUUUAACUUAUGCCCGUUUGAAGUGCUUGAGUUUACCCAAUUAACAUAUUCGUUCGUACAAAGUUUUGCUGGAUAAACUUAGUUGAAAUUGAUUUACUUAUUUAUGAGCGGCACAACUAAAAUGGUACCGCUGGAUGUCGUAAAGUGGUUUAGGAUGAUCUGUUGUGGUUUCGCGUCCUUCCCAGUACUCAUAUUUGGAACGACCUUUAGGCAGUCAUACGAUGCCACAUUUUGUAUUGGACAAAGCAAUGGUCUCUACGCCGAUCCGAGCGACUGUGCAGCUUUCUACAGCUGCUUCAGCGAUAAGACCUUCCACUUCUCCUGUCCACCGGGAUUACGCUUUGACUUUGAGCUGCAAGUCUGCACCUGGAAAGCGAAAUGUGUUACCGCUUUAGGGCCGCAGAAUAAAACCACUCCUUCACCGGUUCCGCAUCCGGAACAUGCUGCCACAGCCGCAGCAGAACUGGUGCAGUGCACGAGUUUGGAUGAUGUGCGCUGUGCGGACGGUUCCACGUGCAUCGCACGAACAAAAGUAUGCGAUACUGUGCGUGACUGUCCAGAAGGUGGCACGGAUGAAUACGGCUGUGAUGUCAAAGCCGACCAGUUUGCCAGCCAGCCGUGCAAAAAGGAAAACUGCGUCCUGCCCAGCUGCUUCUGCAGCGCAGAUGGCACCCAAAUACCAAACAAUCUUCAGAUGAAUCAAGUUCCACAGAUGAUUGUGCUGGCAUUUUUGGGAGCCGUUAACAUUCAGAACUAUGACCUUACUCGUGCCCUCUUCCUUCCAACUCGUCUAAAUCCCAACCAAUGUCCGGUGCGUGGCACAUUCUUCGUCUCGCACGAAUACUCGGACUAUUCGCAGAUUGAACGGCUCUUCCGCAGUGGACAUGAGAUCGCACUCAGCACCAUAAGUCGAGAUCGAGAAAAUCAGUUUUGGUGGACCUCUGUAUCCAGCUACAAAGACUGGGGCAUGGAACUGCAAGGCCAGCGAGAAAUCCUGAACAAUUUCGCCCAUAUUCCGUUGACGGAAGUACGCGGAGCACAGGCACCCAGUCUGCAUUUAGGCGGCAACACGCAGUUUGCGGCUAUGCAGGAUUUCGGCUUCGAAUGGGACAGCUCGAUAACAGUACCGUCAGCCGGGCGACCUGUUUGGCCGUAUAAAUUAGCCUAUUCGGUGCCGCACAAGUGCCAUCAAUCCGGCUGUCCGACAAGGCCGUAUAACUUGUGGGAAAUACCCAUCAACCAGCUAGUGGACGCUCAAGGAUUCGGAUGCUCAUCGCUUGGAUCGUGCCGAAAUGAUGAAUUUAAAUCUUCGGACGAAGUUUUGCAGUGGCUGUUGAAGAGAUUCUACCGGAAUUAUCAUGACAACCGCGCACCGCUGGUGUUGCUCAUCGAUCACAACUGGAUGCAGGACAACUUCGAUGCCCUUUCGCGGUUCAUCGAAACGGUCAUUACAAAGCCGGAGCAGGACACCUUUUUCGUCACAUAUCACCAACUCGUACAAUGGCUGCAAACGCCGACCACGUUAGAUCUCAUGGCGGAGUUCACAGCCUGGGCGUGCGAUGAAGAAGCCACUCCGAAUGUGUGUGAACCUAUAGAGUGUGACCUUCCCUUUGUCCACGGUGGAAGUCGACGCUUCCGCGCCUGCAUGGCGGCGUGUCCGGCUUCGUUUCCGUGGAAAGACAACGUCGACGGCAGACGGAGUGUUGACUCUUCAGCCAAAAAAUAUGUCGAAACUACUGCAGCCCAGUCCACAACAACAACCGCAGCACCGUGAAUUCUUCACUAUAGGUUAAACAACGUCAUAAUUUACCGAGUUUUUGUUUUUUUAAUACACGAAAUUAACUAGACCUGGUGUUGUACGCCUGCAUUGUGACAUAGCCAUGUAGAAUAUGUUCUGUCUUUGCUUUUAGUAGUUUAUUUUUUAUCGUGACUGUUAGUAACUAUACCGGCGGGAAAAUCGGAGUCCAUCCUAACAGUUAAAAUGAGGGGUACUCAAUUUCAUAAUCCGUGACAUACUGAGUGAGCUUUUGU